AUGGGCCCAGUCUCCGACACCAAAGGUCAAGGCAGCAAGGCGGUCGUCCACAGCCUUCACUGCCAAACGGACGACUCAACCAAUAGGCUGCUUCGACGCUUUUGGGAGGUCGAAGAGCUACACGAGCAGCCUCCGUUAUCACCAGAGGAACGGGAAUGUGAGCGGCACUUUCGAGAGACACAUUCUCGGGACGAAACCGGCCGCUAUUCGGUACACCUACCUUUCAAAUUGGAUCCAAGCCUUGCCCUGAAGCCCUGCAGAUCAACGGCGCUAAAGUUGCUGCUCAGCUGUGAGCGCAGGUUGGCAUCCAACGAAGCCUGGCGAGACAAGUACUCGCAGUUCAUGGAGGAAUACGCAGCCUUGGAUCACAUGGAGGCGGUACCGGAGUCUGCGGUUCAGGAUCCAGCUUACUAUCUACCGCACCAUGCCGUGGUGAAGCGAUACGACCCUAGCGGCAAAAUCAGGGUCGUCUUCAACGCCUCCUUUCGCACCGCCACUGGAUCCUCUCUUAACGACUGUUUGAUGCCUGGACCGAAACUACAGUCAGACCUCUGGAUGAUUCUAACACGAUGGCGCUUAUUUCGAGUAGUAUUUACCUCGGAUAUUGUUAAAAUGUUCCGACAGAUUCGGGUACACCACACGGAUGCGGAUUGGACCAGGAUACUUUGGCGCUCCAGACCCGAUCAACCUGUACAGGACUUCAGGCUCAAGACCGUCACCUAUGGCACAGCCUGCGCACCCUUCCUAGCGCUGAGGGUGUUGGUCCAACUUGCUGAAGACGAGGAGGAGCGUUUCCCGCUGGGAGCGGUCGCAAUUCGUCGGCAUUCGUAUGUGGACGACAUUCUUGCCGGAGCCGACGACGAGAAAGCAGCCCUCGAAUUGAGACGACAGGUUAUCUCCAUCCUGCAGUCGGGAGGGUUCGAUCUGAGCAAAUGGGCAUCGAAUAAACCAAGCUUGCAGGAAGCGGAAGAAUUUCAAACGUGCGUGUUCCAGGACUACCCUGGAGUCAGUACCUUGGGGGUCGUCUGGAGGCCAAACACGGACACCUUCUCUUUGCGUGUUCUUCCACCUCUCAAUGAGCCCACGCGAUACACUAAAAGGCGUAUCCUAUCGGAGGUAGCCAGCCUCUUCGAUCCUUUGGGAUGGGCGGCCCCUGUUUUAAUUUUUGCAAAGAUUCUUAUGCAGGAUCUUUGGAUAAUUGGCGCAGAAUGGGAUGAGGACUUACCUGAGCAACUACUUUCCGCAUGGGAAACAUUCCGAAGCAAGCUGAGCCAACUCGACGCUUUGGCAAUUCCUCGCUGGACGAAUUACUCGGCGGACAUUGCGCAACUGGAGCUGCACGGGUUCUGCGAUGCCUCCCAGCGAGCCUAUGCAGCCGUCGUCUACCUGCGAGUGUCCAGGGGAGAGUCCAGCGUGGCCACACUGCUUGUGGCAAAAACCAAGGUGGCACCGGUCAAGGCACUUAGCAUACCACGACUGGAACUGUGCGGCGCGGUGCUACUUUCCAAACUAAUAGCGGAAGUAUAA